ACGUGGGUGGCGGCGCGGCCCGGCAGGUGUCCAUGGCGUGUCCGGUGGGGCUGGCUCUGCGCGGGCAGGCGCUGGUGGUGCGGGGUGGCAGCCGCUUCCUGGCCAUGUCCACUGCGAGCAGCGACGGCGACGCCAGCCUCUUCACGUACGACUGCAGCACCGCCGAGAGGAAGACGCCCGAGAGUGGAGGGGAGGACGGGCAGCCGGUGGACAAGGGGAGUGACACGAUCCUGGCGGCUGCUUUCUCCACGUCCGGCAGCUAUUUUGCCGUAACUGAUGACAGUAAGCGUCUGAUUCUUUUCCGUACAAAGCCGUGGCAGUGUCUGAGUGUCAGGAACGUGGUGAGGAGGUGCACGGCCCUGACCUUCACGGCCUCCGAGCAGAGGGUCUUGGUGGCCGACAAGUCCGGUGACGUCUACUCCUUCUCCGUGUCGGAACCAGAUGCGAGCGGCCGCCUCGAGCUCGGACACUUGUCCAUGCUGUUGGACGUGGCCGUGAGUCCUGACGAUAGAUUCGUGCUCACUGCAGACCGCGACGAGAAGAUCCGCGUGAGCUGGGCCGCGGCCCCACACUGCAUCGAGUCCUUCUGUCUGGGCCACACUGAGUUUGUGAGUCGCAUCGUUGUGGUUCCUGGGCACCCUGAGUUGCUGCUGUCCUCCUCUGGGGACUGUACCCUGAGGCUCUGGGAGUACAGGAGUGGCCGUCAGCUGCAUUGCUGUCACCUAGCCAGACUGCAGGAGCCCGCAGAGCCUGCGGACCACAAGCGACUGGCAGCGUCCAGGAUUGCGUGCUGGGCCCAGGAGGACUACGUGGCACUCCUGUGUGACUGCGUCCCCGUGGUCUACAUCUUCCAGCUGGACCUUUCUGCACAGCAGCUGGCAUUCGCCCAGCGGCUGACCUUCCAGCACCGUGUGUGGGAUGUUGCCUUUGAGGAGGCUCAGGGCCUUUGGGUCCUCCAGGACUGUCCCGAAGCCCCCCUAGUGCUCUACACGCCCCUGGAUGGCCGGUGGCAGGCUGUUCCUGCGAGUGCCUUGGUGGACAGACUGUCCCACUGUCUGCGCAGGAACUGGGCCAUGCUGGAGGGUUCCACUGGGGCUGAUGAGGGCUUCCGCGGCCUCUACAAGGCCACCUUCGAUAACAUGGCCGCGUACCUGAAGAGGAAGGAGGAGCGGCUGCAGCAGCGCCGGAGGAGUCCCCCGCACGGCACGCCGGGGCCGGCCAAGAAGAGUAGAGUGGACCAGGCCCUGAGCUGCUGACCAGGCCCUCCCCGGUACAGCCCCUCCACUCCAGAGUCGAUCGUGCUGGCCGCCAGCAGCAGGACAUGCCCGGGCCCAAGGACGCCUGCCACCCAAGU